UCCACCCGUGUCCCCCGCUGUGAGGAGAACUAGGAAACACGGUGAUCCAGGGACGCGGGAGGAUAUCCAGGGAGGACUCACGGAGCCAUGUCCCAGGACAGGUGGAGCAAUCCCAGGGAUCGGCGCCCUGGCGACUGGUUUGCUCAUGUUGGAGAGUGCCAGGAUGAGUUCGAGACGACAACAAGCGCCGCACUAAGACACGUCCUGGACUCAACAGCAGCUCAGGGCAUUAAGCACAGAUUGCCCCUGGAAUACAAAGCUCGGGACCCGAAAGCAGGGAACAAGAAUUUCCCAUUUUCUUCCCAUGACAACAAACACAGUAUAUGUAAUGCAGCAGAGUAUUUUGAUCUUGGCAUGGGCCUGAAGAAGUUGGAUCCAGAGAGACAGCAAGGGAGCUCCACUAACUUCUUUGAGUGGGCUCAUGAAUCCAUCCCUAGCAGUGAGGAUGGCUUAACCAUUUACCAGACAUCCUUCGUGACAGAUGAAAACAAUGAAAACGCUGAGGGCCACUCUUUCAGGCGGUACCCGAAACACCACAGCAAAAACUGGUGCAUUGAGCAACCUGUUCCUGAGAAUGACAAAGACCUGCAGCCAGACAAGUCAUCAUCCUAAGUGUCAAAACACCCCUGGAGCACUGACUUCCCAAAUCUGAACUAUUCUUUACUCAAAUCAAUGGUGAAAGAAUAAACAUUUUUGCAGAGGUCA